AUGGAUUCUGGGCCUCUUUGGGCUGGCAGCCCGACCCCUCAGGGCACCCUCUCUGUCCCUAAUGCCACGAUACCUUGGCUAGGUCGGGAUGAGGAGCUGGCCAAGGUGGAGAUCGGAGUCCUGGCCACUGUCUUGGUGGCGGCCACAGGAGGCAACCUGGCCGUGCUGCUGACCUUGGGCCAACUGGGCCGCAAGCGCUCCCGCAUGCACCUGUUCGUGCUGCACUUGGCCCUGACCGACCUGGCUGUGGCGCUCUUUCAGGUGCUGCCCCAGAUGCUGUGGGACAUCACUUACCGCUUCUGGGGCCCUGACCUCCUCUGCCGGGCCAUCAAGUACCUGCAGGUGCUCAGCAUGUUCGCCUCCACCUACAUGCUGCUGGCCAUGACACUGGACCGCUACCUGGCUGUCUGUCACCCCCUGCGCAGCCUGCGGCAGCCCAGCCAAUCCACCCACCCCCUCAUUGCUGCUCCCUGGCUGCUGGCUGCCAUCCUCAGCCUCCCUCAAGUCUUCAUUUUUUCUUUGCGGGAGGUGGCCCCAGGCUCGGGGGUGCUGGACUGCUGGGCAGACUUCCACUUCCCCUGGGGGCCACGGGCCUACCUCACCUGGACCACCCUGGCCAUCUUUGUUCUGCCCGUGGCCAUGCUCACGGCCUGCUACAGCCUCAUCUGCCACACCAUCUGUAAAAACCUAAAAGUCAAGACACAGGCUUGGCGGGCGGAAGGAGGGGGCUGGAGAACUUGCGACAGACCCUCAGCUGGUGUCCCAGUGGGAGCCACUCAGGGGCUGCCGUCCCGGGUCAGCAGCAUCAGUACCAUCUCUCGGGCCAAGAUCCGAACCGUGAAGAUGACCUUCGUCAUCGUGCUGGCCUAUAUCGCUUGCUGGGCCCCCUUCUUCAGUGUCCAGAUGUGGUCUGUGUGGGAUGAGAAUGCUCCUGAUGAAGAUUCCACCAACGUGGCUUUCACCAUCUCCAUGCUUUUGGGCAACCUGAGCAGCUGCUGCAACCCCUGGAUCUACAUGGGUUUCAACAGCCACCUAUUGCCACGCCCCCUGCGUCAUCUUGCCUGCUGCGGACGUCCCCGGAUGCAACGGCAGCUCUCCAAUGGUAGCAUCCUGAGCCGCCACACCACGCUGCUGACGCACUCCAGCUGCUCACCCACCCUCAACCUCAGCCUCAGCGAGAGACCCAGGCCCAUAGAGUCACUGACUCUGGAGCAGGUGGAUGGGGAAGCCGCCACUGAGACCAGCAUCUUUUAG